AUGUUUGCUGCCGCCACUAAGAACUUUGUGAAGCAGGUUGGAGACACUGGGAGGUUGAUCCCCGUCCCCAGCCUGAGCGAGGCAGACCGCUACCAGCCCCUCAGCCUGGUCACCAGGAAGAGGAAGAGGCAUUUCUGGAAGAAGAACAAGUACGCCUCGACCCCUUUCUCACUGAAAGACAUCCUGGUAGGGGAGAAGGAGAUCACAGCAGGAGUCUCUUCUUAUCAGCUCCUUAACUACGAGGACAAAUCUGACCUGGCCCUUAACGGUCGCUUGGGAAACCACAUUAUCAACGAUGUUGGGUUCAACAUCAGCGGCUCAGACUCCGUGGCCGUCAAAGCCUCCUUCGGCAUCGUGACCAAACACGAGCUGGAGGUGCCCACGUUACUGCGGGAGCUCAACUCCAGGAAAGUGGACCUGGACCACUGCCUGGUUCGUCAGUCAAGAGGGAGCAGGCGAAGUGUCCUCUGUGUUGUUGUGGAAAGCAUCCGCACCACACGUCAGUGCUCUCUGACCGUCCACGCUGGAAUGAGAGGGACGACCAUGAGGUUUCAGAUCGACGACGGCAGAAACCCGAAAGGUCGAGACAAGGCCAUCGUCAUCCCGGCUCACACCACCAUCGCCUUCAGCAUCUGUGAGCUGUUCAUUCGAAUGGACGGGCGGCUUGAUAUUUGUGUAGGCCCAGAGUCUGAAGGGGGAUUUGAGCGGGACUAUUUUUUUUUGUUAUACUUGCUUUAUGCUUUAUCCAACUCCUGUGCAGAUGACCGAACAUUUGAGGAGCUCACUCACUCUGACACCUACAUGGACGACAUGGUGACCGACUACUACGAGAAAGCCGCCAGCAUGACGGACGUGUCCACCGCCUACCUGAGGGAAAGCACCCACACACGGGUCAACCUCCUCAAACACAACAUCCCCAAGGGCCCCUGUGCGCUGUGCGGCAUGGGCAACCAGAGGCGGGAAACUGUCUACGGCUGCCUGGAGUGCUCAGCUGGAGGCCAAAAAUAUGUCCGCCUGCACGUGGUGCCUUGUUUUGACCUUUGGCACAAAACGCUUAGGUGA